AUGGCCCGUCGCAGGACAAAAUCAAUGGCCGAAGCUUCUAAUUCCCCUCCACCUACGGCCAUUGCGAGAGCCACCCGUUCUCGCAAGAGUCUGGCAUUAUCUUCAUUAUUGGAGACUCAACAACCACUCCUCAUGACUUUUGAGCAGGGGUCUACAGGCCAGCGAAGGUCUUCCAGAUCCGCUCCGAAAAGAGGCGAGGGCUUGGCUCUAAGUCCCACUACUGUGGUCAGCCCGAUGGUGACGCGGGGGAAACAGGCGAAAGAUGAGAGUGAUGGUAAAGGUAAAGACCGCGAGGGUGAAGUUUCCCGGGACCACUGGAGGAGCCCCGAAAAUUCUACUAAACGUACGGCGACGCCGCCACCCAUCCUUGAUGCCCGUGAUGAUGACGAGGAGUCUCUAGUUGAUGAGGCUGAUAAAAAGGAUGAAGAGCAUCUUGAUGAGGACCGUCAAGAUGAUGAUAGUGAUUAUGGACAUAGAGAUGAGGAUGAAGGGAAUGUCCUACCCGGCCCUUUAUCUACCAAUUCUUCACCUGAUGGCCAGGGUUCUUACGCCUCGGCGCUCAAUGGCGGGGAUGGGGUGUCCUCACCAUCCGCUAGUAGAAACUGCGAUACUGCUUCGGCCAAGAGGCGACGUAAGAAAACACGCAAUCCUCAUAUCAGCCCGAACAAGCAAAGACAGCUCCGCCAAAAGCAGAAGGAGCGGGAAGAGAAGAGAAAAGGUGAUAUUGUUAGUUCUCCGGUGAGCGCUGUGGGUUCGGGGUCGGGAGCCUUUCCCCAUCUCCCUCAUCCGCCAGUGCCCAUAACGACUGAAGCUAUUCAUGCUCCUACCUCUCCUCCCCCUCCUAGUGCUCCUCCAGAGGUCAAUCGAGCCUUCGAAGAGGAUUUCGGACCAUUCUUGAAUGGCAAGACGGAUACGCAUGAAGCCACUAAGAGACCGGCUAUGCUUGUGGAUGUGUCAUCGGUUGACGCAGCGGCAGAAUUUUUACUUGGAACCGCUAUGGGAGGGUUCAGCGAGGAUGAGAGUGGCAAGCGGGUUACUGGGAAUUCUGGCGCAGAGACCGGGCAGAAUGCUACCAUGGUUUCGGAACCCCGGGAUGAGGAUAUGCCUGAUGCACCUGUUCAGUCAGGUGCUUCACUACUAGAUGUUGCUCCCACCAACGAUGCAAUUGUCGAGUCUCCGUCGAACCAACUGCUUGCUGAGCUGCAAAAGAAUGGUGACGAUGCAACUGAGGGUACUCUUUCCGGCCAAGCAUCGCCCAUAAUCGCCGGAGCGUCAACACCCGCUACUACCGUCAACGGGCUCGCGGGCUCGCGACGUGCGCUAUGCACGGGCGGUGAAUCCUCCCCUAGAUGUCAGACUUCUCCAGUGCGAAGGCUCGAGUGUUCGGGAACCAGCGGGGCUACCGAGAAGGACAUCUCGAAUAUUUCUUCCGGGCGCAGACUAUCUUUAGGGCCGGGUCAUGCGGAUAUAAGCGAGAGGAAUAAUGCGAAUACGGGAGAUAAUACGAUUAAGGAGAAUAACACCAAAUCACGUGAGAGCAAUACAAGAUUAGUCGUCCGGGAUGGGCCACCAUCUCCAAAGCUAGAACGCCGGGAUACAGAAAUUGUAGUCGGUGGUAUUGGUAGUCCUACUAAAAUCGCCAGCCCGCGCGAACGGAUUGAGAUCAGGGUUCAGUUGGAAGGCCAAGAUCCAGAUUCUGGCGCUGCCGAUGAGGUUAAUGUUGCCGCUAGUGUGCUGUUACAAGUACUUAAGUCGAAUAACCCAGUGUCUGCCAUUAGAAAGAAAAGAAGUCAUUCGGAAAUUUCUUCGAGAGGCAGGAGGGGAAACUCACCCGGACAUGGGGAAUCGUCUAACAAAUUGUCUUGUCCGACAUGUCCUAUAACUGAGGAACAAAUCUUGUCCUGUCUUGAGAGAAAGAAUGCUGGCGACCGUGGAAUGAGUCUCGAAGAAUUCAUGGAUAAACACCGUGAACUUUGCGCUAACAACGUUCAAGAUGAACCAUUGGUGUCUGAAGGGGAGAUGGAGGAAGAGGAUGACUAUGGAGAUUAUGAUGAGGAAGAAGAUGAAGGUGAGGAGGGCCAUGCUGGAGAGGAUCAUGAGGAAUUGGGGGGAGAAGAGGAAGAUUAUGCAGUUGAUGGAGAUGAAGGGUUGAUAGAGGGAGAUCAGGGAGUGAUCCGGAAGAUAGCGCCCGCACCAUCUGGGGUGGGUACCGUCUUGUGCAAAGUGGCUGAAUCGCUCCCUGGUUACCUGAGUAUCAAGCCGGAAGAUGUCGACAAGGAAAUUGAGGUACGGAGGUCUGCCAUUACAGCUGGCCGGCUCCUAGAGGGGAAGUCUGUUGAAGAUAUACUCCUUGUUCCGAUCACACCGAUCUCCACAUUUCAAAGAUAUCUGGAAAAUUCGAAAACCCCCGCGGAGAAGUUUCUUGUGGAAGAGAAAAUCGUUGAAGCUUUGGCUGACAUACAGGUGGAAUAUUUGAUGAUUGAUGAGAUUGUCAAGCGUAAGGAGGCAAGUACCCCGGAUGGGGAAAGUAUAGCUGUUAGCCAAACCGCUAGAGGGCGUAAGAAGGGAAAGCCUAGAGUUGCCCGCAAUCCAUUAGAACCAGAGGAUCCAGUUGUCUGGGAGGAUAAGAAAGAAGCUGAACUUUAUGGGUUUUCUUACGAUCCUGCUAUUGACAAGCGUGGGAAGCAGAAUGCUGAUGAACAGCAAGCUGGCAAGUAUUCUAUUAGAGGGCGGGAACUGCGCAGUCGCCAAAAGGCUGUUGAAAUGGUGCUAUAUCCCGGAUACGAGCACAUUGAUCAGCGAGUCCAGACUAUUCAGCCGAAGGUGACCAGGCGUCGGAAGCCCGCCGCUGACAAAGAAAAGUGCGAGGAGUCGCUAGAACAGCUCAGAGCUGGUUCUGCUCCACCACCUGCCUCCGCCGUUCCUCAGAAGAAGAGGCCCGGGAGACCUCCGAAGAACGCUCAAUCGUCUCUAUUUCUCUCUGCCUCUUCCAAAGAUCAAGCUUCAGCGCAGGCGCUAUCACGGACGCAUUCUGCAGAUAAUGUUGCACGCCCGAGAGCGGGUGAAAAGCCAAAGGUAGACCCUAACAGAACACCACCUAGUAGCAUUAGUGGCACCUUGGUGAGGUCGUCGCCGGAUUGUCUAAAGAUAAAGUUUCGCGGUGCACGGCUUGCUGAGUACCUUAAUAUUGUCUCGCAGGAAUCGAACCUAGCAUCCACACAGAGAGAUUUCUACGGUCGCCCAGGCCCAUCAUCGUUGGUGCCUGCCACGACGCAAUCCGAGCCGGUCUCGCCGACCAGAUUUUAUCCCGACAAUCCUACUAGGCAAGGCGACUCAUUCAUGUCGCUCGUGAAUGGGGGGGUCAAUGCGCAGCGAUCAGAAUCUCCAAUUUACGAUUCAACGGAGAGCAAUCCUGGAGAUUAUGAAGGUGUUGGGAGGGGGAGACCAAGGCCUCGUGGAAGAGGUAGAGCCCGUGGAAGGGCAAGGGGGACCCGUGGACCGGGCAGGCCUGGGCGUGGAUCAGGGUUAAGGGUUGAGACUUCAAGCGCAGCUAACCCUGUUGGUCGUGGUGAGCCUGUGCCGGCCAACCCAGAGACCCCAGCUCUUAGCGCGGUCGAAUAUUCCGAGGCAGAGGACGCUGCUAUCAGUGCAGCAGCCUCUGAUCGCGGACAUAAUUAUCAUUCAAACGCCUUCCAAGCACUGUCUAAGGCUCCCGGCAGCGCGAAGCGUUCCAUACCCGCUGUAAUGCACUUCAACGCAACUCCCUCCCCCAUGUAUACUGUAUUUCAGACCCGGCUAGGGCCGCAUCCGCUGCCCUCAACCUCUACAAGCCCAACCUACCACGAGAAUAGGUCUUCCGUUGAAACGGACCAUGGAAGACCCCGGGUCCGUGGGAAGACGUAUAAAACGCCAACAUCCGUCUCAGUGACCGAAGCCCAACCAAGGACAACCAAAGAGGAAGAAUUUAUCGCCGCACAAAACGGAAACCUGGGGAAGCGGAAGAGAGUCAGGACGGCUCUAGCAUAUGAAGCGCCUAGACGCAAGGCCCGCGCUGUUGCAGGUAGAGAUGGGGCCGUGGGGGGUGGGCAUAGCCCUGGCUGCGUGAGUGGAGAUAGAGAUGAUGAAACAGAUAGUAGUGAGCCGGAUGAUGAUGAUAGCGGUGGUUAUGGGAAUGAGAAGUAG